AUGGCAACGCGAAUCCGUAGCGCGACGCAGCGGCCAAAAUGGGCCCUUGAGAGUACGCUGGAGGAAGCGCUGAUGGAGGGGGAAGACCCGGUCAGUGAGAUGCUGCCGAACGACUUCCUUCGGGAGUACGUUGGCGACAAUAGCGCCGUGGACGACGACGACGACGAUGUUCCGAUGGGGGUGUUUGCGCGGAGCCCAGGCGAGCGCGUCACGGACACGGAGCUCCGCGAGAGCAUUGCCAACUUGCCGGCGUGCCAGGCGUGCGCUCUCCGUGAAGAGUUGCGCAGGCUUGUGAAGAAAGCGGCGGCCACGCCCCGAGACCUGAGGGGUGUUUCCUCGUGGCUGUAUGGCGUCUCUAGAACGGCGUCGAAAAAACUCAGAGCAGCCCUUGAGGUGGCGGAGGCAGAAGCGGCAGGUCGGGAAGAAAACGAAGGGGCAAAGCAGAAAAAGAAAAGGGUGAGACUACCGAUUCCGGAGGGUUUCUACGACUCGGUGCUCAGCGCGAGGUGGAGUCACGUCUUGGGGUUUCCCGAGGGCGAAGGGGAGGAUGAAGCGGAGAUGCGAAUGGAGGUGAAGGCGCCAGCAAAGUAG